CUCUAUGAGUACACUCUAUUUUGAAGCAACAGAGGGCGCAUCCUGCACUUUCACAUUUUAGGCUGCUAUCAUGGCGCUCAGGGUGCUCGUCGGCUGCAAGCGUGUGAUUGAUUAUGCGGUUAAAAUACGUGUCAAGCCUGACAAAACCGGAGUUGUGACUGAGGGCGUUAAGCACAGCCUAAACCCUUUCGAUGAGAUUGCUGUGGAGGAAGCAGUACGAUUGAAGGAGAAGAAAGUAGCGAGUGAGAUAAUCGCUGUCUCGUGCGGGCCUGCUACAUGUCAGGAAACAUUGAGGACAGCGUUGGCCAUGGGUGCAGACAAGGCCAUCCAUGUGGAAGUAGAAGGCAAAGAGUAUGAGACACUGCAGCCUCUACAUGUUUCCAAAAUCUUGGCCAAGCUGGCGGCUGACAACAAGGUGGAUGUUAUUAUUGUGGGGAAGCAGGCUAUUGAUGAUGACAGCAAUCAGACAGCCCAGAUGACAGCUGGAAUCUUAGACUGGCCACAGGCUACUUUUGCUUCAAAGAUAGAGAAAGAUGGAGACAGCCUGAAGGUGACACGAGAGGUUGAUGGUGGCCUCGAGCACAUCAAGGUGAAGCUGCCCGCGGUCAUUAGUGCAGAUCUCCGACUGAACGAGCCCCGAUAUGCCACCCUCCCCAACAUCAUGAAAGCCAAGAAGAAGCCCCUGGAGAAGAAGACACCCAAGGACCUGGGCGUGGACGUGGGUGCUCGUAUUGAUAUUGUGAGCGUAGAGGACCCGCCUACCAGGGAAGCUGGCACCAAGGUAGAGUCUGUGGAUGAGCUACUAGAGAAGCUGAAGGCCCUGGGGCGUAUCUAGAGAUGUCUGGCUCAACUUUGCGCAGCUGCAUGCAUCCUCCAUGUUUUUGGUGGAAGCAAGGUAGUCAACAAAUUGUACACUGUCCUGAAGUAAUGCUUAAAAUAAAAGAUAUUUUUACAUUC